AUGACGACAAAAGAACUCUCGGAUGAAUCUCUACACACCUUUCUGGACAUGCGACUCCUAUGGGGAAGGAAACCAGCUGGUAUACCAUUCUCCAUGCCUCUCGUAACACAAGACAACGAAGGGGAACAGUUAAGCGAUUGGAAGAGAUACUUGAAUAUCCACUACGCCCAGGAAACCUGGAAAAAGGUUACAGAGAGACGCCAGAAACCAAAAACCGAGGAGAAAGGAAAAGAGAGCGUAGACAUUGACCUUAUCUUUCUUCGGAUACAAAAAGCCGGGACUGACUCCCAACAGUGA